AUGGCCAACAUCAUGGCUGACAUCGUGGCCAACAUCGUGGUCAAUGUCAUGGUUGACAUCAUGGCCAAUGUCAUGGUUGACAUGGCCAUGGUUGACAUGGUUGACAUCAUGGCCAACAUCAUGGUUGAUGUCAUGGUCGACGUCAUGCCAGUGUCAUGGCCAAUGCCAUGGUCAACGUCUUGGCCGACAUCGUGGUCAAUGUCAUGGUUGACAUCAUGGUCAACGUCAUGGUUGAUGUCGUGGUCAACGUCAUGGCAAACCGACAUCAUGGCCAACAUCAUGGCCGACAUCAAGGUCAACGUCAUGGCCAGUGUCAUGGCCAAUGCCAUGGUCAACAUCAUGGCUAGUGUCAUGGCCAAUGUCAUGGCCAACGUCAUUGCCGGUGUCAUGGUCAACAUCAAGGUCAACGUCAUGGGCAACAUCAUGGCCGACAUCGUGGUCAAUGUCAUGGUUGACAUCAUGGUCAACAUCAUGGCCAGCGUCAUGGUCAACGUCAUGGCCAAUGCCAUGGCCAACAUCUUGGUCAACUUCAUGACCGACAUCAUGGCCAACGUCAUCGCCAGUGUCAUGGCCAACAUCAAGGUCAACGUCAUGGCCAACAUCAUGGCUGACGGCCAACGCCAUG